AUGUUGGGAAGAGGUCUGAAACGCAAGCUGAGUGAUUAUGAAGAGAACAUGGCAGGUGUGUCAAGUGCCUUCGAUUCCAGCCGAAACCUGCCAUAUCCACUCAAGAGGCAGCUGGUGCUCAAUGUGUGCCUCACCAAACUACAGACCUACAAGAUGCUGGCAGAGCCAAACCUGCACCGCUCUGUCCUUAUCGCCAACACAGUCAGGCAAAUCCAGGAGGAGAUGAGGCAAGAAAAUAGCCAGCAGUUCAUUCAUAUGUGCAGUGGCUUCAGCACCAGCCCUUCCAGUUACCUGGGCUUGGAUUUGUUUGGAAUGCCAUCACACAUUUUCCCAGGUGUUCAUCAGCAGGAGUCCAACGGUCAUGAGCCACGGCCUGUGGAAGGCCCAAUUGAAAACAACUUGCUGGUGGUUUCAGAUAAUGACAUGUCAUCUGCCAUUUCAUCUAUUCUGAAAGACUUGGACUUCAUGGAGGACGUGAGCCCACCUUCGUACCUGGCUGGAUCUGGAGAUGAUCAGUUUAAGACUUCUGAAACUUCAGGCUUUCGGUUGGAAGAUGACAGACAAGACUUGAAGGGAGUGGAAUGUGCAUUUGGUUCCUUCGAAAUUUCAAGCUCAACUAGCUACUUGAAAGACUUGGCUAUCGAUGACAUUUUUGAAGAUAUUGACACUUCGAUGUACGAUUCAGACUUUGACUGCCCCUCACUAACUCCUCCAAGAGCAUCGCCUGUGGCACCCACAGAAGAGAUAUUGAAAACCUUCUCUUCUUGCAAUUCCUCCUCAGCAAGCAACAUCCCAAUAUGUAGAAGUGAUCUCAGUGAUUUGGACCAUAUCAUGGAGAUUCUUGUAGGGUCUUGA